AUGGCGAAUCUCACUAAUACCAUGGAAGAUAAUGUUACUGCGACUCUGCAAGCUAUACAGAGAUUGGGCCAACCGGCCGGGAAUGGAAACCGCAACGGGAAUGGAGAAGGGAAUGCCAAUGAUGAUGCUGAGGGUAACGGCGAUAACACGGGAGGAGUUCCGAUGACCUUGGCAACGUUCCUCAAGCUAGCGGGAGAGGCCCAGCCCUGGUGGCAAGCUGAGUAUCAUUUGGUACAGCUUCAGAAUGCUGACAUUCCAUGGGAGGUGUUCCAAACGACUUUUUAUAAGAAAUACUUCCCCGAGUUUGCAAGGGAAGCAAAGGAGAUGGAGCUAAUGCAGUUGAAGCAAGGUUCCAUAUCUGUGGCUGAGUACACCAACAAGUUCGAAGAGCUUUGUAGGUUUUCUCGGGUUUGUCAGGGUGACCCAGAGACUUACGAGAGCUGGAGAUGCAUUAAGUACCAGAGGGGUUUGAAGGAUCCUUUGGAGAUCUGUGUCUUCUCUGACUUAGUGAACAAGGCUAGAGUAGUAGAAGAGUAUGCCAAGACCGUGGCGGCAUCCAAGGACACUCAUGGAGGGAGCUCUAGUUGGGGGUGUGGUAAGUACUUUCAUCCGAGAGGACAAAGCUUCAAGAGAGGAGGAUAUGCACCUCAAGGCCAAGAGGGCUUCAAAAGGAACAAUCAGAAUCAGUUUCAGUAUGCUAAAAGAAGAGGAAAUCAGAGUAAGCGUUCUCCGGAUUUAGCUUGUGAUCGUUGUGGACGUUUUCACCCUUAUGACUCAUGUAAGAUUGGUUUAGGUGGUUGCUUCAAGCGUGGGUUACCUGGCCACAUUGCGAGGGAUUGCUGA